AUGAAGCUACCCCUAAACCUAUCUGCCACUUCGGUUGAGACGUUCCUGAUAUGUAUAUCGGGUAGCCCCUCCCUUGACCCUGACGGGUCCAUCUCUCUUCCCGUCGUCCGCUCUCUAUAUCGUCUUGCCCGGUCUUGUCCCGUCGACUCGGAUCACACUCUGCACAUCCCAUUCUACCAAGCUGUAAACCGACGGUCGAAUGUCACCCUCGUCAUGACGCUCACCGGGCAAGUGCUGGCCGUGGCGGUCCUCUUCUUCAUAUUAUGUUGGAUCGCCGUCGGCCUGCGCAUAUACUGCCGUGGAUGGAUUACACGAUCGCUCGGCACCGAUGACAAGAUGAUGAUCGCCCUCAUGCUCAUCUUCACCAUCUACCUCAUCACUCAGAUUCAAGGAGUUCGAUAUGGAACAGGCCGACAUAGAACCGAUCUCACCCGGGAACAUAAUCGGGACGCUCUCAUGUACUGGUACAUCUGCGAACUGCUUUACAUUAUAUCAACCUGCCUUCUCAAGAUAUCUGUCGGCUACUUUCUCAUCCGCGUGUCCAUCCGCCGAAGCCACAUCUGGAUCCUUCGCAUUCUCAUGAUCGGCACGGUGCUUUUCGGCUCGACAUACUUCUUCAUGGUCAUGUUCCAAUGUCGGCCAAUCCAGACAUUUUGGGAGGAAUCGCCACGCACAGAAGGAAAGUGCUUCAGCAAUCGUGUGGUUGUCAUCAUGACCUUCACGGCCUCGAUUAUCAAUUGCCUUGCCGACUGGGCCUUUGGUAUUCUCCCCUUGUUCAUCGUCUGGUCGCUUUCCCUCCCCAAGCGCACCCGACUCCUUGCGUUUGGCAUCCUCUCAUUUGCUGCCAUCGGGUCUACCGCAACCGUGGCAAGAUCCGUGUACAUACCAACCCUCCUCGACGGCGACGACUUCCUAUGGGCGACUACCGAUGUAGCUUUGUGGAGCACCGUCGAGCCCGGCAUCGGCAUCACUGCCGCGUCGCUCGCCACCCUUCGCCCUCUGUGGCAACUCGUAUGGUACCGCGCGGGCAUGCGGUCUCAGGCGCCUCGCGCAAUAGCAUGGCGAGAACGGUUCAAGGGGCAGCCGAGUUAUGUCCGCAGCGACGGCUCAGACCCUCGUCACCCACGACACCCCGUGCCAGACGACGCACCCCUGGAAGAGAUCGAGGCUGAUAUCCGGGCCGAGUUUGAGGCGGAAGUGCCCCGCAUCGCUCGAUCCCAAGAUGGCUACAGCUCAUCGGCACCGACGAGAUGGAGCGGCUUGAGUAAGGACUUCAAUCUCGCAUAUGAGAGAGAGAGGCGAGACGAAGAUGUGGAGUCCCUGGUGGUCCCCCGCGACGACGGCGAUGGUGGGCAAUGGCUCUGUCCGUCACCCCGCGAAGAUGAUAAUUCGUUUGAGCUCGAAGACGGCCUUCACCUGACACCGAAAGUGAGAUCACCCGCGCCGACCGUGAAUUGGUGUUCACCACGCAUGUCCGCCAUAUCGAUGGGCUUCGGCUCCUUCAACCGAGAGAACCGCGACUCGACUCACUCAGCCCUCACACUCGGCGUCAACAACUACGGCGGCGCAAACCCCACGAGCAACCGAGCGAGCAGACUAAGCAGGCUGAGCAGCGUCAGCAACGUUCACGAUAACCACAACAACAGCAACCGGGCGAGCAGACUAAACACCCUCAAUAGUCCAGGCCACCACUACCGAGACAGCAGGAUGACCGUGGAAACAUACACGAACACGACGAACCCGCGCCACAGCAGCAGGUUCGACAACCGCUACAGCCGGACGACGCGAGCCAGCAGCCACUACACGCGCGGCUCGCAGUUCCUAGCGCCGCCCUCGCCUGGCGACUUCCCCAUGCCUAGCCCGCCUCCAAGUACAUGGCAGGUCAACGUCCCCGGGGGCAUGGACUCGGCGCAGUGGCUUUCGUCUAGGAUGGCGGAACAUCCGGGCCAUCCUAGCAAGAAGCGGAUACCACCACCACCGUUGAAAUUUCGGAAACAGGGGGGAAUGGACGAGAGCAUAUUGACUCGUGUAGACGGGGGGAAACACCAAGCUAGGAGUCUUGUUCAUGAGAGGCAAACUACCUCGAGGAAGGAGCAAAAGACGGCAAUAUGCAAAAGGCCAGAGAAUAGUACGGCACAUGAUCGGGAAUCCAAAGUGAAAUUAAAUGCUUGGCCGGGCUGUAUGUUGUAUGGCGAGAGUUUAGACUCGACGAGCAAGAUGAUGCGUGAUCGAACACACCAGCUUGAGGCCUUGGCAAGAGACCCAAUCAUACGUUCUACAUCUUACCUCAACGUCCCUUCUCUAUUGCCUGGCCUAAUGAACAAGUCCCCUUUCUACACUUCCUCCGACUGUCGCAACCCCAUACACAUACCGAGAAACCGCGGUGUAUCGUCAUCGGAAUGGAAGCAAACGAGCUCCUUUCACCAAAUCACCAUCGUCAGCUCAGCUUGA